UGACCUUUUUUAUUCGUAAAACGAUAGUUUACAAAACUCUCAAAAACACCCCCUCAUUCACACACUCACUGACCGACAACAGUCGCAGCAGAUGAGGAAAGAAAGCCCAUCGCCAUCUGUCUCCACCGCCACCACCGCUUCCAAACUCUUCACCGCCUUCGAAACGAAGCCGUUAGUUGCUACAUUACUAGCCUUGACACUCGUUAUGCUUAUAUGGAAUCUCCCUCCUUAUUACCAAAAUCUAUUCUCUACCACUCGUCCUUGUUCAGCUCCAACACCUUCAACUUCUCUUAAUACCACUUCUUCUUAUUCUUCUGCUACUAUCAUUGCUUCCGUUAAUGCCUCCUCACCGUUGCCCAUUUUCUCCGCCGCUCAAAAAUUCUCAGCACAAAAGCCCAUUGAUCCCAACAAGAGAGUCUUUCAAGCUUAUGGCAACGCUGCAGCUCUUUUUGUUCAGAUGGGUGCAUACAGAGGCGGUGAACGGACGUUCGCGGUGGUGGGUCUCGCUUCCAAGCCCAUUCAUGUGUUUGGUCGGCCCUGGUUCAAAUGCGAGUGGAUCUCUAACAACGGUUCUUCUGUUCGAGCAAAAGCUUAUAAAAUGCUUCCUGACUGGGGCUACGGUCGUGUUUAUACAGUUGUUGUGGUUAAUUGUACUUUUUCUGUUAAUCCUAAUUCCAAUAACCUAGGUGGGAAGCUUAUGAUAAAUGCGUACUAUGGUGUCUCUCAGAGAAAGUACGAGAAAUUUACAGCUUUGGAAGAGGCACCCGGUUCUUAUAAUGAGUCUAAGUUUCGCCCACCUUAUCAAUAUGAAUAUCUGUACUGUGGUUCGUCUUUGUAUGGGAAUCUAAGCGCUUCAAGAGUGCGGGAAUGGAUGGCUUAUCAUGCCUGGUUCUUCGGACCCAGUUCUCAUUUUGUGUUUCAUGAUACUGGUGGUGUGACUCCUGAGGUUAGGGCGGUUUUGGAACCGUGGGUGCGAGCUGGGAGAGCCACGGUUCAGGAUAUAAGGGCGCAGGCUGAUUUUGAUGGCUACUAUUAUAACCAAUUCUUGGUGGUGAAUGAUUGUUUGCAUCGCUACCGAUACGCUGCCAAUUGGACCUUUUACUUUGAUGUGGAUGAGUAUAUCUAUUUGCCUCCGGGAAAUACUUUGGAAUCCGUUCUUCAGGAGUUUUCUGAUUAUACCCAGUUCACCAUUGAGCAGAACCCAAUGUCAAGCAAUCUCUGCUUGAAUGAUUCCACUCAAGAUUAUUCCAGGCAAUGGGGGUUUGAGAAGCUGCUGUUCAGGGAAUCUCGAACCAGAAUUCGUAGGGAUCGGAAGUAUGCAAUUCAGGCUAAAAACGCCUUUGCAACAGGCGUGCACAUGUCGGAGAAUGUUGUUGGCAAGACAUUGCACAAGACAGAAACAAAGAUCCGAUAUUAUCACUAUCACAAUACCAUAACAGUGCACAAGGAACUAUGCCGGGAAUUGCUCCCCCUAUCAGCCAAGAGCAGUGUGACAAAGUAUGAUAACCUCCCAUAUGUUUAUGACAACAAUAUGAAGAAACUUGCCAACGCAAUUAAGGAAUUCGAGCUCAAAACUAUAGGAAAUGUACAGGGGUUUUCAUGAUUCAUAGAGCUCAGAUUGAGGCCAAACCCAUCAUUCAUUCCCAUGUGUGCAAUGUGAUAAUAGGUGACAUUGUUCAGUAUGCAAGCGUGGCUUACAUUCUCAUAAUUCCUGAUCUGGGUUGCUGAAAGUUUACUCUUUCUUUCCUGGAUGGCAUGAGCUGCUGGAAAUUGAUGAAAAAAUGGGGAAGAAGGCUCCUGGGUCCAGUUAUAUUGCUUUGAUUUGUCUAUAAAGGUGAGCUUCUUAUACAGUGCAAACUUUGUAAAUUUGUUUUAUGACAUUUUUUUUUUAUGAUCUUACUGUUAAUGAAAUACAAGAGCUUUUAGAAA